AAUAUAAUAAAAAUAAAAAAUAUCUUCCCUCGGCUUCUCUCAUUUUUGACUUUCACCUGGGAUUACGUUUUUCCCUCCUUUCCCUUUUGUCAAUUGUAUCGCCUAAACAUUGAGAUUGGAAACGACAGGGUUCGAAGAUAACAGUUCGCGGACUUUGAAACCGGCGCAAUUCCUGCUUGACCUCUCUUCUCCUUCUCUCCCUCUAAACUCCUUCACAUCAUAGUAACAUGUCUGAAAAGAAUGCAAACAGUCAAAAUGGGAAGAAGCCCACCUCGGUGGCCACCAAUUUAAUUGCGGGUGGUACGGCUGGAAUGAUGGAAGCGCUCGUGUGCCAUCCUCUAGAUACUGUUAAGGUCCGAAUGCAACUGUCAAAAAGAGCGCGGGCACCAGGGGUAAAAGCUCGUGGAUUCAUUGCGACUGGGCGGGAAAUCGUAAGGAGGGAGACAGCUCUCGGUUUAUACAAGGGUCUCGGUGCUGUUUUGAGCGGAAUAGUACCGAAGAUGGCCAUUCGAUUCACAUCGUAUGGGUGGUAUAAACAAGCGCUCACUAAUAAAGAAACUGGGAAGCUUUCUGGCUCCGCGAACAUGCUUGCUGGUCUUGCCGCUGGGGUCACAGAAGCUGUCGCAGUCGUCACGCCCAUGGAAGUGAUCAAGAUUCGUCUCCAGGCACAACAACACAGCCUAGCUGAUCCUCUGGACACCCCCAAAUACCGCAGUGCGCCACACGCUCUCCUCACCGUUGUCAGGGAAGAGGGUUUCGGCGCUCUCUACCGCGGUGUUUCCCUCACGGCCCUCCGACAAGGCACCAACCAAGCCGCCAACUUCACUGCAUACUCCGAACUGAAGGCGCUCCUUCAAAGAUGGCAGCCCCAAUAUUCAGGGAAGGAGCUCCCCAGUUACCAGACCAUGGUUAUUGGAUUGAUUUCCGGAGCUAUGGGUCCCUUCUCGAACGCGCCCAUUGACACGAUAAAAACCCGUCUGCAGAAAACUCCAGCUGAGCCCGGCCAAACGGCUAUUUCACGCAUUACGUCCAUUUCGACCGAGAUGUUCAAGCACGAGGGCGCCAGGGCGUUCUAUAAGGGUAUCACGCCUCGUGUCAUGCGUGUGGCACCGGGCCAGGCGGUAACCUUUACCGUGUACGAGUUUAUCAAGGAGCGCCUCGAGCGGUCGCGCUGGUCAAUUGUGGGCGGGAAUAAGUAUAAUGAGUAACUUUAACGCUUUGUAGCUUGUUGUCACCUGUAGUUUGUCUGCACUGGGAAUCGAGGAAUAUCACCCCGAGGUUGACAGCAAGUCGCUGCGGUGGAAGUUACGCUUUUGGCCCUGACUUAGCAUGUAUGUGGUGAUUGGCUGCAUUAUUUCUUUUUAUUUUUAUCUGCGUGUAUAAACUCGCCUUUUGGUUUCCUUCGGUGUCACCUACCAUCUGUCGCUUGGGAUGUCCAAUUUAUGUUGUGGAUAUUAGCGAUAUUGUUGUUUUUCUGCGUGGUUACAUUUCCUUUAUAUUUUUCUCUCGUUUCCCCCUUUCUUUCCCUGUUUGCUUUUUUCUGGAGCUAUACAAAUUUCAUUCCUGGAUUGAUAGACUUGUGGCAUUGUUUAUUUAGGCCGCAGCUUAUAUUUCUCGAGGCCGAUGUACAUUUGUGAGAUGCGAAAUGUUACUUUCAUAUUACCGAU